CGCGGGUGCGACAGGUCGGGGCGAGGCUUCAGAGGAGCAGGACGCGCGGAGCGGCUCGGACGCGUGUUGGGGAUCUGCGGCCAGGAAGUCUGGCACACGCACAAACUUUGUUUGUGUUCUAUUUCUCCCCAAAGUCAAGUGCCGCUUCGCAAUGACGUCACGCCACUGGAUGGUCACUUUGGGCUUCCUGUUUUUAAUGGGCGCCCCGCCUGCCCGAGCACAGGGACAAGUGUCUUCCCCGAAAAGGUUCCGGAGCAAAGUACUGAGUCCCACCGAGCUUUUGGUGUCCUGGAAGGAACCCAGAGGUCCGCUUGACGGAUACGUGGUGGCCUACAGCACACAGCCUGGCGGCGAGGAGACGGAGGUAGAAGUGGCCAAAGAGGACACCCGGCUGCUGAUCGACAACUUUGAUGCCAGUCGAGACUACGCCUUCAAAGUGUUUGCCCUGAGAGGGGCGCUAAGAAGCAAACCGCUGGUGGGCGGACACCAAGCCGAACCCUCAGGACGAGAAAGGCUCGAGAGUCAACGUCCGCACGAUGGCGCCCCCACACACGCCAACGCCAUCACUGAGGGUGAGGAGCCAUUCACGUGCAGCACACCGGCCGCCGCGGAUGUAGUGAUCAUGGUGGAUGGCUCCUGGAGCAUUGGCCGCAGCAACUUCCACCUGGUCAGAAGCUUCCUGGAGAACCUGGUGCGGGCCUUCGAAGUGGAUGAGGACCGCACGCACGUGGGCUUGGUGCAGUUCAGCGGCGAGCCGAGACUGGAGUGGCACCUGAACCGUCACCGGAGCAAAGCAGCCGUGCUGGACGCCGUUCGGAACCUGCCGUACAAAGGCGGGAACACCCUGACAGGUCUGGCGCUGAGCUUCGUCCUGGAGAACAGCUUCAAAGCGGAGUCUGGAUCCCGAGCUCAUGUCCCCAAAGUUGCCAUCCUAAUUACGGACGGAAAGUCCCAAGAUGACGUGGUGCCCCCUGCGCAGACCCUGAGGAACGCCGGGAUUCGAGUGUUUGCCGUUGGCGUGAAGAACGCGGACGAGGAAGAGCUGAAGGCCAUCGCCUCGCCGCCCGCCGACAUGCACGUCUACAAUGUGGCCGACUUUGAUGUGAUGAGCGACAUCGUGGGCGUUCUGACCAGGAGCGUGUGCCGCACGGUGGAGCAGCUGGCAGAGGCAGGCGGUGGCGCCCCCCCGCCCGAAGGCGUGGCCCCUCCCCGCAACCUGGUAACCUCCAAUGUCACAGCUCGGAGUUUCCGCGUGACGUGGACACCGCCACCGACUGGUCAAGUGGAGCGCUACCGCGUGGUUUACUACCCGGCGAACGGUGGCAGGCCGGAGGAGAAGGUAGUGCCGGGGUCGGAGCACAGCGUCUUGCUGGACCACCUCAGUUCUCUGAGCGAAUACCAGGUGGCCGUGUUCGCCGUCUACCGCAGCACCGCCAGCGAGGCACUGAGAGGCAGCGCCACCACGCUGGCCUUGCCCACCGUGGAGCACCUGGACCUGUCAGAGCCCACCCACGACACCAUGAGGGUCCGCUGGACGACCGCCCCGGCUGCAUCAGGAUACAUGAUCCUUUACGCGCCGCUCAGCCAGGGAGAGCUCGACGACGAGAAAGAGGUGAAGGUGGCGUCCAAUGUGGAAGAGGCGGAGCUGGAGGGUCUGAGACCGUCAACGGAGUAUACGGUGACGGUGUACGCCAUGUACGGAGAGGAGGCCAGCGACCCCAUCACCGGCCAGCUCAGCACGUUGGCGCUGCUCCCGGCGACCAAUCUGCGGCUGACGGACGUGGGCCACAGCUCUGCCCGACUCAGCUGGGACUCCCCGUCCGGGAAGGCAACGGGCUACAGCGUCGUUUACACCCGCAGCGACGGUGUGGAAAGUAACCAGGUGGAGGUGGGCCGUGAGACCAACUGGUUGCUAAGCAACCUGAGCCCUCAGACUGAGUACACAGUGGGCGUGGUUGCCACCUACGACCAGGGGCGGGCAGAGCCGGCCACGCAGAGCUUCUUAACACGCAACGUUCCAGAACCAACGGACGUGAGAAGCCAUGACACCUCUACGGCCGGCUUCCGGGUGUCGUGGCAGACACCCACUGACGACGUGGCGCUCUACCGCCUCAGCUGGACGCCCGCAGACGGUGGCCACCGUGGCGGCGGUGACAGCGGGGAGGUGCUGCUCAACACCAACACGAACACCUACACGCUCACUGGACUCCGACCCUCGACCGAGUAUGAGGUCCUCUUGAGCGCCAUCUAUGAGAAUGAGGUGGAGAGCGAGCAGGUUGUACUGCUGGAAUACACGGUGGAGAGAACGACCACUGUUGCUAUGACAACCACCAGCAUUGCAGUGCCUCGUGACGGCGUGCGGGGCAUGACCGUGGAUGACCGGACCACCUCUAGUCUGCGGGUGUCAUGGCAACACUUGGACGCCCACGACGUCCGCCAUUACCGCCUCAGCUACAGCAGCGCGGCCGGAAACCAGGAGACGAGGACGCUGCCGUCCACCCAGAGCAGCUUGGUUUUGCAGCCGCUGAUGCCCGACAGCCAGUACAAAGUGACUGUCACGCCUGUUUAUCUGGAUGGAGACGGCACUACGGUCACGGCCACGGGACGCACGUUUCCACUGUCACCUCCUGGGAAUCUGCGCGUUUCCGAGGAAUGGUACAACCGCUUCCGGAUCAGCUGGGACCUUCCCGCUUCUCCCACGACGGGCUUCCGCGUGGUGUACCAGCCGCUGUCGGCCCCUGGACCUGCCUUGGAGACCUUUGUGGGCCGGGACGUGAGCACCAUGAUGAUCGUCAACCUGCUAAGUGACACCGAGUACGGCGUCAAAGUUCUGGCGUCUUACAGUGGCGGGUCCAGCGAGGCGCUGUUGGGCCGGGCCCGGACACAGCGCCUGGUCGUGAGCGACCUGAGCAUUUACCAGCAGAGCGCCGAUGGCUUGUGCGCUCGCUGGCAGCCGCAGAGACACGCUGCCGCCUACCGGGCCGUCAUCCAGUCGGCCAGCGGCGGUCACGUGGAGGAAGCCAAGCUGAGCGCAGGAUCCAUCACCCACUGUUUCAACAACCUAAGGCCCGACACGCUGUACAAGAUCAGCGUUUACGCGCAGCUGCAGGACGGAAGCCAAGGCCCUGCAGUGACGGCCGCUGCCAAAACUCAAGCCGCCUCAACCCCGGCUCCCACCGUGCCGCCGAUCACCACCCCGCUCCCCACAGUUCCCCCUGCCAAAGAAGUCUGCAAGGCAGCCAAGGCUGACCUGGCCUUCUUGGUGGACGGUUCCUGGAGCAUCGGCGACGACAACUUCCUUAAGAUCAUCGGCUUCUUGUUCAGUACCGCCGGGGCGCUGGACCGCAUUGGGCCUGACGGCACACAGGUCGCCAUCGCUCAGUUCAGCGAUGACACACGCACCGAGUUUGCCUUGAGCGCCUACGACCACAAGGAGCGCCUUUUGGAGGCUAUCAACAAAAUCUCCUACAAGGGAGGAAACACCCAGACAGGACGUGCGAUCCGCCACAUGAAGGACAAUAUCUUCACGGCGGAGGGCGGAGUCAGGAGGGGAGUCCCCAAGGUUCUGGUGGUCCUCACUGAUGGCCGAUCGCAGGAUGACGUCAGCAAAGUCUCAGAGGAGAUGCGGAUGGAAGGCUUCGUUGUCUUUGCAAUCGGGUUUGCCGACGCCGACUACGCUGAGUUGGUGAGCAUCGCCAGCAAACCGAGCGAGAGACAUGUCUUUUUUGUGGACAACCUGGAUGCUGUCAAGAAGAUUGAAGAAAAGCUGGUGACCUUUGUGUGCGAAGCUGCCACGGCCACAUGUCCCUCCGUGGCCAUGCACGGCAGCGGCACCACUCCCGGUUUCCGCAUGAUGGAGCUGUUUGGACUGCUGGGGGAGCGCUACAGCAGCCUACCCGGCGUUUCCAUGGUACCCGGAACCUUUAACGCAUUCCCGUGCUUUCGCUUGCAUAGCGACGCGCUCCUGGCUCAGCCAACCAGGUUCCUCCACCCAGAAGGUCUUCCCUCAGACUACACCAUUGCGCUGCUGUUUCGCCUGCUGCCUAACACUCCCCAGGAACCUUUUGCACUCUGGGAGGUCUUGGACCAGGAUCAGCAGCCACUGGUGGGCGUCAUCCUGGACAAUGGAGGGAAGACGUUGACCUUCUUCAACAAUGACUACAGAGGGAACUUUCAGACUGUCACCUUUGAGGGUCCGCACGUCAAGAAACUUUUCCAUGGGAGCUUUCACAAGCUCCACGUGGUGCUCAGCAAGACUAGCGCCAGCGUGCUUGUGGACUGUCAGGAUGUGUCCACCAAGACCAUUGAGGCGGCAGGAAACAUCAGCACGGACGGAAUGGAGGUUCUGGGCAGGAUGGUUCGCUCCAGAGGGAACAAGGACAACUCGGCGCCAUUUGAGCUCCAGAUGUUUGACAUUGUGUGCAGUACCUCGUGGGCCUCCAGGGAUCAGUGCUGUGAACUUCCUAGUUUGCGCAACGAGGCCCAGUGUCCUGCCAUGCCGAAGGCCUGCACCUGCACUCAGGACAGCAGAGGCCCCGCAGGCCCUGCUGGACCCCCUGGUGGGCCAGGAAUAAGAGGAGCCCGAGGUGAGCGUGGAGUCCCCGGUCCAGUGGGGCCUGCUGGAGCUGUAGGUGAUCCUGGAGUGCCAGGACCCCAGGGGGCCCCAGGACCACUAGGGCCCAGCGGGCGCUCCAUCAGGGGUUCCCCGGGUGCUCCGGGGGAACCAGGACAGAAAGGAGAGUCGGGGCAACGAGGUCUGCAGGGCGUGGCCGGCCGAGUGGGCACUCCCGGCAGAGAAGGACUUCCCGGCCCCAGAGGGCCGCCGGGCAAAGAUGGCCCCCCCGGCCGACCGGGCUCCUCUGGAACCAUUGGAAAUCCUGGAGCCCCAGGGGCCCCUGGAAACACAGGUGCCCCGGGAAAACACGGAGAACUGGGACCGCCGGGUCCGAGCGGAACCAAGGGCGACAAAGGCGAACGGGGCGACCUGCAGUCCACGGCCACAGUCCAGACCAUCGCCAGGCAGGUGUGUGAGCAGCUGAUUCAGAGUCACAUGGCUCAGUUCAACACCCUCCUAAACCAUGCGCCCAGCCCAUCUGUGACCAUCCGCACCGUCCCGGGACCUCCUGGGGAACCUGGUCGAAAUGGAUCGCCAGGGCCCCAAGGGGAACAGGGCCCCUCUGGAAGGCCUGGUUUCCCCGGACAAAAUGGACAGAACGGCCAGCCCGGAGAACGAGGUCCCCCAGGUGAAAGGGGUGAAAAGGGUUCCGCUGGUGUGGGAGUUCAGGGCCCUAGAGGACCGCCAGGACCUCCUGGUGCUCCAGGCCAAGGCAGGUCCGGCAGUCCAGGCCCGUCCGGAAGACCUGGGAAUCCAGGAGCACCAGGACGUCCCGGGGUUCCAGGCCCAGUGGGCUCCGCCGGUCCUCCGGGUUACUGUGACCAGAAUUCCUGCGUGGGCUACAACGUUGGAGUCCAGCUGCCAUCCAACAUUUUCCCCAACUACGGUGAAGCAGAGGAGGAAGACCCGUACCGCUACUACCAGCCUGACUACCCGCCUCCACGGCCCGUCCAGGACCCGGAACUGGAUACGGAGCGUUCUGAACUGGACCUGAACUCCCAAGAUGAGGUGGUGGGGCCAUAGAGGAGCCUGGGCAGAGGCAGCGUCAAGAAGAGAAGCUCAGCGUGAGGAAGAGGUCCGGUGGACAAAGCCUAGCUCACACAUGUAAUCUCUGUAAAUCCUUUUCAGGAAGUCAAGAAGUGUUGAACACACACACACGCACACAUAGACACACACUUGUGCAUCUGAUUGGCCACUGCCCAGAACGGGGGCGUGCGAUGACGCUUGACAUCGAGGAAGCGUUUGAAAGAGCUUGUGGCAGUCAAAGUAAUUUAUUUGGAAGACGUUCUGUCCAGUUUGUCAACACAAUAAAAAAAUGACAGUACAGUCCAA